AUGCACAUGCGCCCGCGCAGAAAAGUGGACUCAUUAAGAGCUGCUUUUUGUCAGGCGGCAGAAUGCGAGCCACAAUUAUUAGCGACAAGAAGCGAAUGUAUCGCUCGCGCUCGCGGCCGCCUCGCUCGCGACUGCGACAGGAUUUAUACCAUCCCACUACCAGUAGAUAUAGUUCUCAUCACCUUCAUUGUGCCAGCGUGCGAUCGCGCGCUGAUACACCAUUCACAGUACACUUUUGUUGCG